AUGCGUACUGUGGCCUUUUUCCUCAUUUUGGUGCAAGGGUUAUCACUGUCUGCUGGUGAGGCAUCUAGUGAUAGUUCGUCCCCCAAGCUAAUCCUGGUAUCGUUUGAUGGGUUCAGGGCAGACUAUUUAAUAAACUACUCAUUGCCUAAUCUCCAGGAGUUCAUCGACGAUGGCGUACUGGUGAGGGAAGUGACAAAUAUCUUCAUCACAAAAACUUUCCCUAAUCAUUAUACACUGGUGACCGGUUUAUAUGCUGAAAGCCAUGGCAUUGUAGCCAACUCCAUGUAUGAUUCCAGCACAAAGCAGAUCUUUAAUUUGUCCGACUUUUCUUCGAAGACUGACCCAUUUUGGUGGAACGAAGCAACCCCCAUCUGGGUAACCAACCAUCGCAUGGGACGUAAAAGCGGCUCAGCAAUGUGGCCUGGCAGCGAUGUGAAGAUUCAGAAUACAACCCUCGAUGACUUUUUGCCGUACAACAGCAGCGUCGCCUUUGCCGAGCGAGUCAAUAACAUCAUGGCUUGGUUUACAAGACCUAAUGAUCCAAUCAACUUUGCCACACUAUAUUUUGAGGAACCUGAUGCUAGUGGACACCAUUUUGGACCUGAGGAUAAGGAACAAAUGGCAAAAGUGUUGACCAAGGUAGAUGAAAAUAUUAAAUAUUUGGUGACGAAGCUAAAGGAAGCAAAGCUUUGGGAUACAGUGAAUGUGAUUAUCACUAGUGACCAUGGAAUGGCCCAAUGCUCAAAGGACAGGGUUAUUGUACUGGAUAACUGCAUUGGUCGUGGGAACUAUACAUUAGUGGAUUUCACCCCAGUUGCUGCAGUUUUCCCACUUCAAGCAGACAUGAAUUCUGUGUACAAUCUGCUAAAGAACUGCAGCAGUCACAUGAAAGUCUACCUCAAGGAUCAGAUUCCAGAUCGUUAUCACUACAAACACAACCGCCGGAUCCAGCCCAUCAUCCUGGUGGCCGAUGAAGGAUGGACAAUAGUGCAGAAUGAAUCGUCCCCCAUAAGCUUGGGAAACCAUGGCUAUGACAACACCUUCCACAGCAUGCACCCCUUCUUAGCUGCCCAUGGACCAGCCUUCCAUAAGAACUAUAAGAUGGGCACAAUAAACAGUGUGGACGUGUACCCCAUGAUGUGCCACAUUCUCGGACUGAAGCCUGAAGCGAACAAUGGAACACUGUCCAACACCAAGUGCUUGUUGGCCGACCAAUGGUGCAUCCAGCUCCCAGAAGCCAUCGGCAUUGUGAUGGGCGCCCUCAUGGUGCUCACCACAUUGACUUGUAUUGUGAUCAUGCUCAAGAAGAAAUUGCCUUCAGGGCGUGCAUUCACACGGCUGACCUUGCAGGAUGAUGACGAUCCUUUAAUUGGGUGA